ACAGCAGCAAACGAUGACCGAGUGAGACAGAAGACGCGAUUUUAACACUUAUUUUAGAAAAUGGAUAUUUUUAAGUAAUUCAGUCACAGAAAUUUUGUAUUUUAAUUUGCACAAAAUUCAGCAUUAUUGAAAUUUGAAGAGAGAUUUAAAGCAGAUCGGGAAAGUAUUGUGCACGUUUUGUGUAUGUGGUGUGUUUGAGAAUUGUUGAGGAAGAAGUUCUAAGUAAUGUCUAACUACGGUCGCUUUGGCGCUCUAUUGGGAACAAUUUACAUCGGACAUACACACUGCAAAUUUCUUGUGUAUGCAGCUCGGAAUGCCGAAGUAUUGACUUGUCACGAAGUUCAAUUGAAAGAGAUAAACACACAACAAGGCUGGGUUGAAAUCGAUCCGUUGGAAAUAUGGCAAAAUGUACUCGAAUGUAUUCAGGUGGCUGUACAAAAUCUAUUGAUUUUAGACAUAAACCCGGAUGACAUUUGUGCAUUGGCUCUGACAAAUCGACGUGAUACAACUGUUCUCUGGCACAAAGUCACCGGCCGACCACUUUACAAUGCCAUAGCAUGGAAUGAUUGCCGCACAACGCCAAUUAUUGAGCGAUUCCUAAGGAAAAACCAAAACAAAAUCAAUUUAUUGAAAUCAGUCUGUGGUUUACCAUUCAGCAAUUGUUUUAGCAGUUUAAAAUGCCGAUGGUUGAUUGAGAAUGAAAGUUCAAUUAAAGAGGCUGUACAAAAGAAUGAGUGCUAUUUUGGUACAUUGGAUACAUACAUUUUAUGGCAUUUAACGGGAGGACUAGAAGAUGGCGUCCAUUUGACCGAUGUUACAAAUGCGUCACGUACAAUGCUUAUGAAUUUGAAGACACUCAAUUGGGAUGCAAAACUGUGUCAUUAUUUUCAAAUUCCCAUGUCCAUGUUGCCCCGAAUAAGAAGCUGCUCAGAGAUAUUUGGUUAUGUUUAUGAAGGACCUUUGAAAGGAAUCCCAAUUGCAGCCUGUUUGAGUGAACAGAGUGGGUCAUUGCUUGGACAAAUGUGUAUUCGACCGCAACAAUCAACGUGUUAUUAUGAUGAUGGUUGUAAUUUGCUUGUGAAUACCGGCGAAGAGAUCAUCGAUUCUAACAAUGGACUACUCACAUCCGUUGCAUUUCAGCUUGGUCCGAAGAAAAAGGCAUUUUAUUGCCUGGAAGGGUCUGUCGCCUGUGCCGGAUCAGCCGUUGCUUGGCUAAAAGAUAAUCUAAGCUUGAAAGAUGACCUGGCUUCGAACCCAAAUCAAACAGUGCAACUCAAUGGAGCAUCACUUAUGCAAACUUAUUUGGGUGAAUCGUCGGUAUUGUCGACAUAUAGCUCUGGAUCCAAUCUUGGAACUUUAACUGCCAUCGAUAAUCCAAAUCCAUCAACAAAUAUUGUUUUUGUUCCUGCCUUGAAUGGUCUUUAUGCACCAUAUUGGAAGCACAAUUCGAGCGGAUUACUUUUUGGCCUCAAUAAUCGUACGACUGCGUAUCAAGUCAUGAUUGCUGCCUAUGAAGCGGUUUGCUUUCAAACCCGUGAUCUGAUUGAAGCGUUUGUAAAGGAUGUGCCGUCAUGGAGACCGAUUGAGCGCUUAACCGUUGGCGGUGAAUUUAGCGAAAAUGCAUUCCUAUUGCAACUUUUGGCCGAUUUGUGUGGCAUUCGCAUUGAGCGUCCACAAACUUCAUUUCCAGCCUGUUUGGGGGCUAUGAUCGCCGCCGGUUUAACCAUGGAAAUUUUGCAUUUAGAAAAAUCGACAACAAUGUUUACACCGCCCAUUGAAAUUUUUCAACCAACGAUGUGUGCGAGCACCAAAGAUAUGAAGUACCGAACGUGGAAGUUUGCCAUUUCAAAGUGCAUCGCAUGGCAAGACACCCAUUAUGACAGUUCCUUCAAAAAUUUUGUAUAUGAAGAUAGAGAUCCCGAUAUUCAAGUGCGCUGCUCUAUUCCCGGAACCGUAUUUCUCAUAUCUUCCAUUGCAUUAGUUCUCAUAACCAAAUAUCUCCAAAGCAACACCUGAAGAAUGAUAUUAUUAAAUACCUAAAAUGAUGUAUUGUUAGCGAUAAAUUAGCCAGUUGUAAAAGAUUUAAAGAUGAAAUUUUCAGGUAAAUGGUAUCUAGUCGACUUAAAAGUUUAGUUGUUUCAUUGUUAAUGUGCUUCUU